CUCAAGUGCUUUUUAUGUAGUUCCUCCUUUUUCCUUUUCUCUAUUUAUCACAGUGUGGUGACUCAGUAUUUUUCAUGUUAUAGAUUUAUGGUGUGUUAAAUGGAGUGCAGUAAAGUCUGUCUGCAAUCAGUUACAAACUGCUGUGAAAAUUGUGAUCAAACCCAGUUAAAUCACUUAAAGUCACUCAUUGUGCAGCUGAAUCAGCAAAACCUAGGAGUUGAUUGUUGACUUCAGAAGGGGGAGCAGAGUGUUUGCACCACUGUGCAUCGAAGGGAUGAUGGUGGAAAACGUGAGCAGCUUCAAGUUCCUCUGUGUCCACAUAGCCGUGGAUCUCACCUGGUCACUCAACACAUCACACAAUGUCAAAAAGGCCCAAUAAUCCCUCCAUUUCCUCCGAAGGCUGAGGAGAGUCAAGCUGCCACAACAGCUGCUCUGCAACUUCUACAGUUCCACUGUGAAGAGCACGACUGACCAGCUGCAUCAUGGUCUGGUAUGGCAGCGUCACUGCUGCUGAAUGUAAGGCAGAGGGUGGUAAAAACUGUCCAGCACAUCACAGCAGCUGCCCUCCCACCCAUACAGGACAUCUACAACAAGACAUGUCUGAUGAAAGCCAUCAACAUCUCUCUAACCCCACACGCCCCAGCCACUCCCUGUUCCAGCCUCUGUCCUUCAGAAAGAGGUACCAGAACAUCCUAAAGCCCCCCAGAUUCAAGAACAGUUUUAGGCCAUGAGCUGUUAAAAUGGUCACAUCGGCAACACCAACCUGAACAUGAACACACACUACAGAGCCUUCCUGAUCUAAACCCUGAUCCUCCCAGUACUCAGCAUAGCUUCACACUGAGCUCCACUACCUCAUGGGACUGUAUACACAUUACACUUUUACUGGAGCUCACUGUACUUGAACUUUUAAGCUGUUUACUCUUAUACAUGUAAGCUGUAUGCUUGUACAUUAAACUGCUAAUGCUCAUUGACCUGCAUCUAAUGCUUUGUGAAUAUAACAUCUGUGAUGCUGUUUACAAGCAUUUAUUAUAAAUUCCUCAAAAUACUGCACACUUUAAAUUAAAACACAUUAUAAUCAUUUCAGCUGUGAAUCACAUAAAUCUACAUAUUUAUUAUAGUUCCUUUAUUGUAGUUUAGUUACUAUAGUGUGCAUUUUAAAUUCUACCUCUGCAUUCUGACCUACAGUUACUGUUCAUGCAUAUUGACAAAAGCACAAAUAAUUGACUGCAUUAAUUAAUUAAUGAACAGUGGAUGAAAAUAAUUAUGUCAAAAGUGUAACACGUGGGGAAAACGUCUGAUCCUGAUCAGAAGUGACUAACACUGAAUAUUUCUACUACCCGAAAAGACAAUUAUUGUUUUAAUAAAAAGUAACAAAGCCUUUUCUUUGGAUGCCCCAUAUUUUAUAUCUUGAAAUGAAACUGUGAGCACAGAAGGGUAUUUUGCUUUGACCGUUCCUGCAGUCGUUUCUCUGAAGUAUCUGAGUAACAGCGUAAAAGAUAAAUUUGCUCUUCCUGCUCUGCUACAGUCCACUGUAGUCGUGACAUCAUUGUGUAGUCAUGCUCUUAGGCCCAUAUUAGGAACUCCGGGUCUGAGCUCCAUCAGAACCUGAUACGUUUUGUCCUGUGAACUUUCUUCUCCCGAAAACCACUGGAUCCUCUGAAUUACGAGGUUGUUAAAGAGUUGAAAUAUGAAUAUUGCUACAUGUGAGCUAAAGCUACUGCGCACUGAAUUCACGUCAUUUGACUGGCAGCCUCCUUAAGCGGGUUUUGGCAGUGUACAUUAACAUUUUCCAUUUACAGACUGAGGGCAGAUGAAAAGAAGUCAGAACAAAAUCAGCAGAUUUCCCUGCAGUUCUCUGUUCUUCAUCUGAUGCUCACUGAAACACGAUCGAUCUUUCCUUUUAGCUUGAUUUAAAAAAAUGUAUAAACGUACCUGCACUCAGGCUAAUCCAGUACUGACUCAGCUUAAAAUCACUGCUGACCCCCUGAUAAACUGAUUUCCGCUCUCAGAAUACCCUAAUUAUUAUUUUAAUGCUGGUAACAUUUUUCUGAGGACAUUUUCUCAGGACAUUCGCCAGCUUGUUGUUCGACUUUUUCAGAACGUGACAGCUGCACCAUUUAAGGUGGAACGGGAAAAUUCGAACAAGCAGCCAGAGAAAAAGAAGCUGACUUCAGCUUCAUGGAGGGUUGACAUACUUUUUUUUUAUUUUAACUUAUUUUUGCUGUUUCACCGAACUAACAGGUCAGUAUUUUGUCUUGUUUGCUAAUGUUUGUGAUAGCUAGUCACAGCUGCCGGACUAUUUAAGGUGGAACGGGAACAUUCAAACAGAAGCUGCGAAAAAGAAGCUAAAUUCAGCCUCGUAGUUUUAACACGGGUAGUAUUUUUAACAAGGAGUUUUAGCCUAUCAAAUUAUCCCUCCCAGAGGUUUUAUUAACGGGUAUAGCUCUUUAACGACCUCGUAAUUCAGAGGAUCCAGUGGUAUUCGGGAGGAAAAUAUACACAGGACAAAACGUAUCUGGUUCUGAACAUUUUUAUUUAACACAAGGUGCGAUACAGGUGAUUUUUCGAAAACCCUGUUCAUUCUGGCCAUAGAGAAAUGGGGCUCAGACCCGGAAUUCCUAAUAUGGGCAUAACGAGGACUACAGAAUAACGCACUGCAUUAUGCAAAUUAGCACCGCCCUCCAUUAUGACGUCACCACCAGACACUCUGACCGUAUAUAUUUGUCGGCGGAGGAAAAACGAGAAGUAAGCUUAGAGAACAGCGUCGUUCACGAAAAGGUAAGUGUUUUUAUUGAUUUCUACUUUUAAUGUGAUUUAUUCAUUUAUGAAUGAGAGACAAAAUGGAAAAAUAACAAGAUUAGUCGUCUUAAAUGUGGUAAGAUGCAGUAAAAGCACAGUUUUAGCUGCUCGGGGAUUUUUCGAAGUCAGAAUAGUGUUUUAUACGGCCUUCGUUCAUUUCUAAAUAAGGCCGAGAAGGUUUUAUAUUUCCACUUUUCCACUUUUAAUGAUCUUUUCCUAGAAAAUAAGCCACAUUCUUUUAACUUAGCUGAGUUGUUGUGAGUCUCCUGCCAAAUGUUCGGGUUGCUGUGUGAGAAACUGUCUCAGCUAAUCACACCAGUCAAAAUGGCUUCUUUGUGCUGUGCAGUUAAUGCGACAACAUCUGGCAGACAAACUCAGAACUAAAGACCAUUUUGUCAUGUAAGAUAACCGAUACGAUAACGUUAAUUACUGAAGUGUAAAAGCGAUUUCGCUGACGAUAAUGACCAAACGUGUCGUGGCGAUGACGUCAUAACGAAUCUGUCCUUGGUUGUCAUGACGAUGUGUACUAAAGGGUGAUACUGUGGUGUGUGUGUGUGUGUUUUUGGACUUUUGUGCUGCAGUUUUCAGUGUGAGAGUUGUUUGACCACAGAAUCAUGGACAACGGCAGGAGAUUUUCAGUGGAGGACCCGACCCCCAGCUCCAGAGUGUAAAACAAAGUUCUUCAUCAAUAUCAGAAAGCCUUUAUAUUUCUGCUUUAGUAUGAAAAGUUAAAAUUAGUGCUUUAAUAUGAUCAGCUAAUUUAUUUCAGCAUCAGUGUGAAAAACGUUUAUAUUUCUGCAUGAAUGGUGGUGCAAGUGUAAAUAAUAUUUGAGUUGAAGAAAAGUAACAGUUGUUCUUUUGUGUUUGUUGCUUGUGUGCAGGAGGAGAGAUGUGCGCUUUCACUCGUUCAUUUCGUCCAUCAGUCAGCACUUUUUAUUUAACGCGUUCCUUGUGCUAAUUAUUGUCAUCAACGCAGUCGUCAUCGCCCUGGAGGAGGACUACAGUAACGCAGGGCUGUUUCGGGUCAGUACACUGUAAAAUUAGAGUUAGUCUGAUUUCACAAUUUCAUAUAAGAGAGAGAGAGAGAGAGAGAGAGAGAGAGAGAGAGAGAGAGGAGGAGAGAGACAGACUGAGAGAGAGAGUUCAUCAGAGACUCGUCUGAGGUGUGAUUAAUGUAGUUAAUCCGUCCUGCAGGUGGCUGAGGGGGUUUUUCUGAUCCUCUAUGUGUUGGAGUUCUGUGUGAAGUUCUAUGUUGAGCCACGUGGAUUUUGGAGAAGUGGCCUUAAUGUCUUCAGCUCUGCGUUGCUGCUGCUGUCUCUGGUGGCAGUGUUCGCUGAGGGAGCCAUUUCAUUCUUCUCCCAGCAGAACUUCAGGCCUUUCCGCGCCCUCCGGGUCCUGAAGACCAUCUCCUUCUUCCCCUCACUUCAGGUAAGGUGUUAAUUAAGUGUUAUUCUCUUAAAUAGAUUAUUAGGUCAUUUUUCAUGUAGCCCAUUGAUAUCCAGUGUGUACUUUUAACAGUGAUAAUAUUUAGAAUAAUUAGUUUCAGGUUUACCGUAUCAACUCUUUCUGUGUAAAACAAGUAUGAAGGUUCUGCAAGAUUAGGAAAAUAUUUAAGAACCAGUUUAUUCAAGAAUAGCACCUGUUCUUAGAAUUGUUCUAAAGUGAAAACCUAUGAAAGAAAAUUCUAAAGAUGCCUUUAAAUAAAAAUUUAGCUCACGUGUGAUGUUUAAAUAUGAACAUAUGAGAAGAUUUUGUUUUUAUAACUGUUUUCGUCUGUUUCGUGCUAUUUUGCAGGCUCUGGUUGUGAUGCUGGCUAAAGCCAUGAAGAGAGCUGUGUAUGUGAUGAGUUUGGUGUUCUUCAUCAUGUUCAUCUUUGCUGUUGCUGGAGUUCUCUAUUUCGGAGAGCAGGCUUCAGGGGACCUCGAGCACUGGGGGGAUUUGGGGUCCGCUCUGCUCACCAUCUUUGGCUUAGUAACACUGGACGGCUGGGUGGAUCUGUUGAAGAAAGUAGAUAGUUCAGGAGUGACCUACAGUCGGCUCUUCCCCGUCGUCUUCAUACUGAUAGGCCACUUCAUCUUCUUCAACAUGUUCGUGGGUUUGGUCAUCAUGGAGGUUGAGCGCAUGACUAAAGCCCGUGAGGAGGGGUCUCUGCAGGAGCGGGAGGCAGCGCGGAAAAGAAAGAAGGAGAAAAAAACAAUGAAGCAGCUGAUUGGGAGUCAGGUGUCUAAACUGAAGAAAUGGUCCGAUACCAACGUAAAGACUGAUAAGAAUUUCCCCCAAAUCAUCCAGCAGCUCAGAAUGUCUCUCUGUGACUCGGACCACGUUGUAACGAAGGAUAGGAGCAGCAGCUUGACAUUCAUACAGAUAUAUCUGACCACGCUGCGACACCAGGAUGCCACCCUGGACAAGUUGCAGCAGAUCUAUGAUGAAAUGCUGGAGGUCCUCAGUGAGCUGCUGGAGCUGCAACAGGAAGAGCAGAGAGAGGAAGAAGAGCACGAAAGAGAUACACAAUAA